GCAUUUCAUUUGUUUGUUUGCUGAUUUUUUUUUCCUCCUCUUUAAUCAAUAUUUGUCAUUACAAAUUUGCUAAAUUGGCUGCUGUUUUAUGAUGUUUCUUGCCGAGAAGAUUCCCAAAUUUCUCUGCUCUGAAACAAAGUUCAAUGUUUUUCAGUCAUAAACUCCAUUAUUGACCGCCAGCUAACAAGCAACCCAAGCCUUCCUUUUAUAGUCACAUGCCUUAAAAGGUUAAAGUUGGAGCCUUUGUAAUUUCAUAGUUCUACUACAUAAACCCCAGGACCCCAUCUUGGUUUUUGCCUUUUCAUUCCCAGUAGUCAAAAAAAAAAAUUUGUCCUUUUUGCUUUCAUUUCUGAAUCUGGGUUUUUCCCUUUCUACCUUAAUUCCAUUAAAGAUCCGUUUUUCUUCAUUUCCUUUUAGUUUCUGAAUCUGGAUCUUUUAAAUCACUGAAUUCUGAUCCAUUUUUCUUCAUUUUCUGAAUUUGGGUCUUUUUCUUUCAAUCCAAAUGGGUGGUUGCUUGACAAAAACCAAAGGGUCAAACCCACAACACAACAAUGGCUAUAAAUCAGGAGCCACAACAACAACAGCUGCUGAACAACCCCAACCUACCCACAUCCCUGAAAAACCAGGCACUCAAGCACCAUGGAAGCCAGUGGUUCCAACCCCAAGUGCCAAGCCUGCCCCAAAAAGUGACACCAUCCUUGGCAAACCAUAUGAAGACAUAAGGAUGCACUACACAAUUGGUAAAGAACUGGGAAAAGGUCAGUUUGGUGUAACUUAUCUUUGCAUUGAGAAUUCAACUGGGAAACAAUAUGCUUGCAAGACUAUAUCAAAGAGGAAGUUAAUCACAAAGAAUGAUAAAGAAGAUAUGAGAAGGGAGAUACAAAUUAUGCAGCAUUUGAGUGGGCAACCUAAUAUUGUGGAGUUUAAAGGUGCAUAUGAAGAUAAGUUAUCAGUUCACCUUGUAAUGGAAUUAUGUGCGGGUGGUGAGUUGUUUGAUAGGAUUAUUGCCAAAGGACAUUAUAGUGAAAGAGCAGCUGCUUCCAUGGGCAGGGCAAUUGUGAAUGUUGUCCAUGCUUGUCAUUUCAUGGGAGUGAUGCAUAGGGACCUUAAACCUGAGAAUUUCUUGUUGUCUAGCAAGGGUGAGAAUGCCCUUUUGAAGGCUACUGAUUUCGGGUUAUCGGUGUUCAUCGAAGAGGGAAAGGUGUAUAGGGACAUAGUUGGGAGUGCAUACUAUGUUGCUCCUGAAGUACUAAAGCGUAAAUACGGGAAGGAAAUUGAUAUAUGGAGUGCUGGAGUUAUAUUGUAUAUCUUACUCAGUGGUGUGCCUCCAUUUUGGGCAGAAACGGAGAAGGGGAUAUUUGAUGCUAUUGUAGAAGGAGAAAUUGACUUUGAAAGUCAGCCAUGGCCAUCUAUUUCAGACAGUGCUAAGGACCUUGUCCGAAAGAUGUUAACGCAGGAUCCAAAAAAGCGCAUUACUUCAACUCAAGCCCUAGAGCAUCCAUGGAUAAGAGAAGAUGGAAAUGCAUCAGACAAGCCACUAGACAAUGCAGUCCUUUCUAGAAUGAAGCAAUUCAGAAGAAUGAACAAACUAAAGCAACUUGCCUUAAAGGUCAUUGCAGAAAAUCUUUCCACUGAAGAAAUUCAAGGAUUGAAGCAAAUGUUUGCAAACAUAGACACUGAUAACAGUGGCACAAUCACUUAUGAUGAACUUAAGAAUGGAUUGGCUCGACUAGGAUCAAAGCUGACAGAAGCUGAGGUCAAGCAGCUGAUGGAAGCUGCUGAUGUAGAUGGAAAUGGCACUAUUGAUUACAUUGAAUUUAUCACUGCUACAAUGCAUAGACAUAGGCUCGAAAGAGAUGAACAUCUUUACAAAGCUUUUCAACAUUUUGACAAGGACAACAGUGGACAUAUCACAAGAGAUGAGCUUGAAGCUGCCAUGAAAGAAUACGGAAUGGGUGACGACGACACAAUCAAAGAAAUUAUAUCCGAAGUUGACACCGACAAUGAUGGUAAAAUCAACUAUGAGGAGUUCAGGGCCAUGAUGAGAAGUGGAACCCAACAAGGGCAACUGUUUUAAGAAUUUAUGUAUAUGACUUGAUUUGCAGGAAUCAACUACAAAAUUUCCCAAAUUUCGUGCAUAAAUGGCUAUAACAGAGAUGUUCUAGGUUUUCUUUAUAUUGUUAUGCUUGAGUUUUCAUUUUGCAGAUUCUUGUGCUUAUGAAUUCGAUGAAUCAGCUAUCAACUAAACUUAAUUUUAGUAUUUUAAUGCUUGAUUUAAAUAGCUAA